AUGCCCAAAAGCCAGACAACUUCGAGUCGCACAGUCACAAACUCUCGCCUACUGUCCAGAAAUGUUUCGCCAAGCGUUGUACAGGCACGACCUCCUUCGGCCACCCCAUCCAUCCAGAGUAGCUCUAGCAAAGCACAGUCCCUGAUUCGCCGAUCCGUACGUCCUCCUGCUUUGAGCACAAGGACGCCAUCUUUAGUAUCAGGCUCGACUAUAUCAGCAUCAGAUAGUCCUCAUUCGGCAUUACGUAGAAAGCCUUCUACAAUUGACCAAUAUGUCCUGCGCGUCAAGACUGAUCCCGAGAGCAUGAAAGAACAUCAGGACCUGAUCAAAACGGCGCACGAAGUGCAGCGCGACGAUGAUCCAUUUCCAGAGGCCAUAUUUGGUAUGACUCUUCCUCCUACCUCUGGACUUGGACCCUUGAAGACCGCUAGCCGUAUACCGAAUCCAGAAUCCAGAACGUCCAGUUCCCGUACCGAUUCCAAAGUCAUACGUCCUGUGGUCGACAUGCAGGCUCCAUUCUCAGAUGUAUCGAGCAGAAAUUCCGACUCGCCGUUCAGCCACCAAUCUACACCUACUUCGGCUUCCUCACACUCUUCGUUGGCUACAUCUACUCUGGGAUCUGCACGUCACAGAGAUAGCUUGGAUCUAGCUCGUACUGCUGUGAAGACUCACGCAAAGAAAGAGAAGACAUAUGCAGCCAGCAUCAGCUCCUCAUCACGUCAAAAGUCUGGAAGACCCAGCGCCGUCAGACCCAAAGACCAGACCAAAGACGAACAAGAGCCAAUCGAACAAGGCGUACCAUUGUUCUCGAAUCCUUUCUCCGACAAAAUUACACCUAACAACGACAAGAAAAGCUCCGCUACUGCAAAAACCACAAUUCGUAGCACUUCUAAAGGAGCACUUGUUGAAGGUAUCCCGCCAGAGUUCGCACACCUCAACGUCGACCCACCCCAGAACCUGUCGAGCAAUAAUCUGAUACCCNCUAGACGACCCAGCAGGGACGGCAUCGAUAGUCUAGGUCUCUCCUUGGACAUACCCGUAGUUCAGAGCAACCUUUCGCACAUCACAAGAGUAUCAUCUCGAGGAUCAUAUGAAGCGGGAGUAGAAUCGCCACCACUAAGCCCAAGACGGACAUUUGGAUUCUCUCAUCGAAGCUCUUCUCGUCAGAGCAACAAAUCUCAAACAUACCCCAUGACACCUAGAACGCCUGUCGAACGCUCAGAAACGGGCACUCCUCUGAGUCGCAAAGACUCACCUAUGGUUGGGCCGAGUCCAAAUACUUUGAGGUCUCCCAGGAUGGGCAUACUGUCGAACCUCCACACAAAGUCGCCCACACCACCAAUGGCAUCCGAGAGGCCUAAGAAAGGCCCUGCAGCGGGUACUGGCCACGAGGGCUACGGCAAGUUUGGCUUCAGAGGAAGAGGGAGCAGCAUCUUCGGCCGUAGCACCCGGUCUUCCAGCAAAGACAGUUCGACCAGCCACUCAGGGUUCUCGUUCUUGAGCAGAAAGAAGAGUAUGGCAGAUGAGGGUGAGGAUAACCUGGACCAAUUUCUGGAAGAAAGAAGAGAGCCUAUAAUCCUUCGUGGAAGUGGGAGAGGAUCUAACUUAGAUGCACAAGGCACGACCAACAGUGCCACAUCUGACCGCACUGAUGAGACCAAGCACGAUGCCGACUCAUCAGCCUCGAGAGGGGCUGCACCUCCAGUCAGUGCUACAAAGCCUUCACUUUCUGAGCUCGGACGUGAGGGCAAAGAAGGCCAUUGGUUGAGCUCGCCCACACCGAGCAAAAGCCCAACAUUGAUGCAGCGAUUCAAGUCCAAAAUCACAAAUCAAAGCCCGAAAAAUGAGUCUGGGAGUCAGCAAGUACCUAACUCGUUACACUUUGGCUCUAUUGAUCAGACCACGAAUCUUGAUCUCACCGCCAUAGAGCAGCUUCUCGGUGGCGACAAUCGUUCUUCCCAAAGUUCGAAAGGCUCUGAAGUCGAUCUGAAANAAACCAACUCGCUUGUGUCUUAUGAUCGAAGACACGAAGGUCUUCUGCCUAGUCCGAUGGAAGUAGCACCCUCCAAGAGAACAUCUUUUGGUUCUCCUGUUCUUCUCCAAGCAAAAACAAUAACUCAAGUCAAGGCUCCUCAGCUUGUAGAGAUACCCAACGCGCCAGGCUCAACAUAUCAGGAGGACGUACCUCAAGCUAGACUUCGGUCUGUUGGUAGGAUUCCACAAGUUGUACGAGCAGGCCAGAGCUCGCAAUUUCGACCUUUUCAUCAGAAUGCUGCUAUUGCCAAAGACNCCCCGAGUCAUGGCUCAGACAUUCACCAAGCUGCUUCGAUCGCCGACGAAACACGAGAGUUCAUCGCAUUUCCCCCAAGAAAAGAUUCAGAGCUGUCCUACACAAGUAGUUCUGGCAUCGGAAGCCCCUGCAUCACAAGAUCAUCAUUCGUGNGGGAGGACGAAGUGUGGAACGAAUAUGACAACUUACUGGACGAGGUCUUGCCUCCCAAGGUGAGAGCAUCAACCACGUCUUCUCUUGGUGCACCGUUUCAGUACGGUGACAUGGUCGAUUACAGAGCCACAAAUCAUAACGAGGUAAACACACCGAGAAGUCUUUCGAAUCCCGAGGCCAGUAAAAGAGGCUCGAAUUUUGACACGAGCCGCCCAAGCACCACUUUUUCGAUUUCCGAUUACCUUAUCGAUCAAGAAGAGACCGGGUCCCAAGAGCCUCUGUCGCCUCGCCAAGUUGGAAGUCCUCGAGUUGCACCUGCUCUUUCUAGCCCACGAAGUCCACGAAAGCCAAUAUCUCGCAAAUAUGAAAGAGCAGUGGACAACUCUGCCUCUGCGGAGUUGAGAUUUGCAGCACUCAUGACGAGCAAAUGGCUAUCCUUUGGGCGACUUUUGUUCAGCCCCGCGCACGAGGAAGCAAUGACCGGUGAUCAUACUCGCAUUCUUAUCGUCGACGGUCUUGGGAAAGAGUGGUCCUACAACUGCGCUUUGACCUACCCAAAGUGUCAAUUCUACAACCUCGGUCCUGAACCGAACUCAUCAUCCUGGGAAACGCUAUCCAACCACCAUCACGUCUCACACCCAUCAAUCUCUACACCUUUUCCAUUCCCUAAUAAUUACUUUUCGGCGGUGGUUUUCCGCUUUCCCGUCGCCGCCGCAGAUGACGCUUACCAAAUAUGCUUUAAUGAGAUCAAACGCACAAUGCGUCCUUCGGGAUACCUCGAGAUGUCUGUCUUGGACCUGGAUCUAGUGAAUAUGGGCCACACCGCUCGAAAGGCCAUCCGCGACUUGAAGAUACGCAUGCACCAACAAGACAGUCAGAUCAGUCUCUGGAACCACGGCGACGCCUUCCUCACGCUUCUCGGCAAGCGCGAAUUCGAAAACUUGCGCAAGUGUGUCGUCGGUAUCCCCGUAGCUGGACGGAUACGCAGAAGCCAUGAUAGCAGCAGCUCGAGUUCCGGCAGCCAGCGGAAGAGAACUUCGGAACAGGCAGAGCCCGAAUACCUCCGAUUUACCGAAUGGAUGCAGAGCAACGGCAACAAGAACAACGAAGAAGACGAACGACACGAAAGACGCAAUGACGAAGACAUCACGAAGACGGUGGCAAAGAUUGGACGCUGGUGGUACUCUUCCUGCUACGCUGAUCCAGGUCAGUCGACUACGACAGGACUCUGGGACACACCUGGCUUGCUGCGCGAGUGCGAGCGUCAGAGAACGAGUUUUAGAUUGCUCUUUUGUUACGCGCAGAAACCAGUUUGUGUCAAGAGGCGUACAGCAAGUGUCUGA